CCGUGGUGGUGCGUAAGUGGCGGCUGUAGCGGCGGGCCCUUGAGAGCUUUCUUUCCCGAGCGGCCAUACCGCCAUGUUGAAACCUACGCCAAAUCGAGUGACCGAAAAGGCGGCUCGGGUAUUCGCGCGCGCCAGAAUUGUCCGAUGUGAAAAACGUUGUGAUUUCAGCGCCAGUCGAACGCUCGGCUAGAUUCUCACACGGCGGCUUGCUCGUGUUUGUUGUGCGUCGGCUGGGUGCAUCGGCUGGGCGCGGGUCUGCUACCCUUCCCCUCGCCAUCCUCUCCUACUUGUCCUCCUCCUCUUUCCACUCCCGCAUCCACCGCGUUUACUUCUCUCCCAUCGUCUCUCGUGGAUCUCACCUUUCUCCUUUCUUAUUUUGUCGACUUUUAAUCACUGAGCACCUGUUCGACCCGCGAACUCUUAUCUCUGUCCUUGAUACUCGGACCUCUGCGAAUAGAACGUCUUCGCGGCAUGGAUUGUUCUGGCAAUGCUCCUCUUCACCACGGUAGAAGCUCUUGCUUCCCAUGGUCGAAAUCUUAUGAUUGUCCGCGAGAUCAUUUUUUUCUUGUAUAUUGUCAAUUUUGUAUUUUAAUAGUCAGUUCACUUUCUACACCAGUGUACCAGUUAUUUGUGCUACUUUUGUCAAACUUUCCAUUUUGGCUUACACUGGUCUCGAACAACAGGAUGUUGCUAAUGUCGCGAGUCUUGGCUGGAGGUACGGAGUCUCACAGCAGUGUACAGGGCUGACAUUCAAAGUACUACCAUUUGGUAGGCUUGAGUAGUGUUAUGCCUCCACGGCACCAAUCUCCCUGGUUGCAGCGCAAUCAUCUUGGCAAGCAAUUAGUGAGCUACCAUGCUCGAUUCAGAAUAUAUCCUUGCCAUCUCGAUUGUUGAUGAAGCCUCAUAGCGUCAAGCAUCAACGUAAGGCAGUUACCUGCUGCAUAGCAUUUAUGUACCAUAUAUGUCGGAAAGAAACGAAGCCAAGAUGCAGCAGGUGGACACUAUCUCGCAAAAUAAUUCGUUAGAUGUGGAGGAGCGAGAAAGGCUGUGUAAUAUACCGAAGACAAGUGCACCUGGUAAGACAUCGGCUACACCAGCAACUCCCGCAAAGGAACCGCCACCACGCGAUGAACCACCCGUGGAACCGGUAAACGGUGUAGUCCAACCACCUGUUGUGCCACCACCUAAUCGCCCAGGGCGUGUUACCAACCAACUACAGUUUCUUCAGAAAGGUGUACUCAAGCCAGUAUGGAAGCAUCAAUUUGCGUGGCCUUUUCAGCAACCUGUAGAUGCCAAGAAACUCAAUCUGCCAGAUUAUCACAAAAUUAUAAAACAACCAAUGGAUCUUGGCACAAUCAAAAAGCGAUUAGAAAAUACAUAUUACUGGAGUGGGAAGGAAUGUAUCCAAGACUUCAAUACAAUGUUUACCAAUUGCUAUGUCUACAACAAACCUGGGGAAGAUGUUGUGGUUAUGGCACAAGCUCUCGAAAAAUUGUUUCUUACAAAGGUUGCACAAAUGCCAAAAGAAGAAGUGGAACUCGAACCCCCUGUUCCAAAGGGACCGAAAGGCAAAAAAGCUGGCAGAGUUGGAGCACCAGUUAGUGGUGUAGCAGGAGGCGCUGGAGGUACAGGUCGAGGUCGACCUUCGUCUGUUGCAGUUGCAGUUACCUCCAGUGUACCAAAUAGUUUAACGCCUUCAGCUACAUCUGCUGGAACAACAGGCGUAAUACCUAUGCCUCCUCUUGGCACCCAAGCACCUGCAUCAGUACCUGGGAGCACUAAUACAACUACUAUUGCUCCUCCUUCGAGUAUGGGUGUUACUCCUAUGGCUACCCAUAACUCUUUGCCUCAACAAGUGGUCCCUCCAACUAGCGGUUACCAUGCACAACCAGCAAUGGAUCCGCAAGCAGCUUCUGCUGUACCUCCUCCUCCUCAAGUUCCCACUGCACCUACGGUAAUGCCUCCAUCCCAACCUGCAAAAGUUAAAAAGGGGGUGAAGAGAAAGGCUGAUACUACAACUCCUACUGCGAAUUCUUUCGAACCUUUAUAUAAAAUGGAUCCUAAAAAUGCCAAAAUACCCGCGAGACGAGAAUCUGGCAGACAAAUAAAGAAGCCAACGAGGCAAGCGGAAGACGGCUUAGUGCCAUUCCACCAGGCCAACAUGCCCCUGAUUGGGGCAAUGGCCCAACAGCCUCAGCAUACUACUGGAAAGUCGAAAGAAAAACUCUCAGAAGCUUUAAAGUCCUGUAACGAAAUUCUGAAAGAACUAUUCUCGAAAAAACACUCGGGUUAUGCAUGGCCGUUUUACAAACCGGUUGAUGCGGAACUCUUAGGUCUUCACGAUUACCACGAUAUUAUCAAAAAACCAAUGGAUCUUGGUACCGUGAAGACGAAAAUGGACAACCGUGAAUAUAAAACAGCACAAGAAUUCGCUAGUGAUGUGCGACUCAUAUUUACUAAUUGUUAUAAGUACAAUCCUCCUGACCAUGACGUCGUAGCAAUGGCUAGGAAGCUCCAAGAUGUGUUUGAAAUGAGGUAUGCAAAAAUUCCGGAUGAACCGAUGGGAAGUAUGGUAGGCAUAAAAGUUAGCAGUAGUAGUGCCAGUAGCUCGGGAUCUGAAAGUUCUUCUGAGAGUGAUGAUUCGGACGAAGAACGUACCCAAAAAUUGGUUGCUUUACAGCAAGAGCUGAAAGUUAUGCAAGAACGAAUGAGGAAAUUGGUAGAAGAAAGUGGUAAAAAGAAGAGUAAAAAGAAGAAACCGGACAAGUCAAAAUCAAGGCCAUUGACUAGUAAGAGUAGUAGCCUUGUAGCCAGUCAUACUGGUGCCAUGAAAGAACUUAUGAAACCAAGUGGUGGAAUUCCAAGUGUCUCUGAUAGUGUUGGUGCUAGUAUAGCCAGUGUUGCAAUGGGGGCAGGUGACUUGAAAAUGCCGGGUGGGAUGGGUGGUGAUCUUCAUCAUCCAGCCAUAGCAGUAGGACCUAAUAAAACUCAUGCGACAGGAAGUAUGAGUCAUCAUCUGCCAACAACGGCAAAUGCUAAGCCAAAGGGAAAAGGAAGAGGACCUGGAAAAGCUGCAACAACGAAUGCUGCAACUAAAAGGCCAAAAGCAAAUAGCAGAUCAGCUGGAACUAAAAAGAAAAAUGCCAGUAGUCAACCACCUCCGAUCACAUUUGAUUCGGAGGAUGAAGAUAAUGCUAAACCAAUGUCUUAUGACGAGAAAAGACAACUUAGUUUGGAUAUCAAUAAAUUACCCGGAGAUAAGUUAGGGCGUGUUGUGCAUAUAAUACAAUCUCGGGAGCCUUCGUUAAGGGAUUCGAAUCCAGAUGAAAUUGAAAUUGACUUUGAAACGUUAAAACCAUCCACACUGAGGGAAUUAGAAAGCUAUGUUGCUUCAUGUCUUAGAAAAAAGCCACAUAAGAAAGUCAGUGGUAAAUCUAAGGAUGAACAAAUGGCAGAGAAGAAACAGGAGUUAGAAAAAAGGUUACAAGAUGUUACAGGGCAGUUAGGCAAUGUUAAGAAAACCGCUAAGAAGGAGGACAGUAGUAAAUCAGUUGAUGUAGUUGGAACUGGAGGAGCUAGUGGGCCUUCGAGAUUAUCAGCGUCAAGUAGUAGUAGCAGUGAUAGCGAUUCCAGCAGUAGUUCACUUUCUUCGAGCUCCAGUGAUUCGAGCGACAGUGAAGCAGGAAACUCUACGAAUCGUCCCCCAAGAAAGAAAACAAAGAAGAAUGCACAAAAUGCAGGACCUCCACCAACCACAACAACUGUAACACCGGCACCUACACUGAAUCACACGGGAGGUCUUUUAAUGAACAGUCAACCCCCAACAAAUUCUACGGGACCAAUAACUAAACCAGCUGUAACGCAACCUAGCAAUAUUUCUUCAGAUCAAGGUGGUAAUGGUCAACAAUCUGUAGCAGUAGCGGCUGUUACAGCUGGUCAAGGAAUGCCUGUCGCGAGUCACGCAUCUAUGCCAGCGCAGCCGCCACGAUCUACGUCCAUGGCCACGGCUGCACCUGUAAAAAAGCCUACUCCACCACCACCAACUACUUCUAAUCCACCAACUCCAUCAGUGUCUGUACCAACUCCACCACCAAGUGUUACACCUACGAAUACAAACUCUAUAGUAGCUUCACCGGUUGUGCCUCAGCCACCACAGCCACCUACAUCAGUUAGUUCCUUUUCAAAUACAAACACACCAGUACCCACGGAUGGGACAACUUUAAAUCAACAGUCAGAUCUGUUGCAACCGUAUAAUACUCUAGCUCCUGUGCCUACUACACAGACAUCGUUGGAACAAACGAUGUCGAUAAAAAAAGAACCGCACAUACCAAUGAUACAAACACCGCAUACAACCACCAAUAACACCAAUUUAAAUUUAAUGCCAGAUGUAAAGGCACCAGUGAAUAUGAUGCCUACGAGUAUGGCAUCUAAUUUAAACUUGGGAAAUAUAACAAUGGCCAACCUUAAUAUGAGUUUACAACCAGGAUUGGCCACGCAUAUGUCGAUGCACAAUCAAUUGGAAAACAUGAUAAAUACCACUUCGCCAUUGACCAGUAUACAAAAUUCCCAUAAUGCUACAAUGUCACAACAGCAUUCCAAUGGAUUUUCUAAUAUCAAACGCGAGAAUUCUCCGCCUAACAUGUUGAAUAACAAUGGUAUACCUGGACUCAGUAUGGGAAUGAACAUGGGCGGAAUGGGCUCAAUAUUUGACCCUCUGUCUAUGGUUUCUAUGCCAAUGCAAAUAUCUCAAAUGCCAAUAAAGAAAGAAGAAAAACCAGUACCUAUUUCUCAACCACAAAUGCCUCAAAAACCCAUGGAUGCCGGAGCUCUUUUUGCAGAAAUGAAUACAGGAAUGCCACCGAUGGGAAAUCACUCAAGUUCACAGCUUAUGCCUGAGAAAAAGAUGACACCUCCGGAUUCCAAAAAUCCAGUGUCAAAUUUCGCAUCAGCCUUCAAGAAUAAGACUGUAGAACAAAAUGUGAAAAAUGCUUCGUCGUGGUCAUCCCUGGCUCAAGCAUCCAGUCCCCAGUCUGCAGCAGGGAGUAGCAUGAAGAGUGCUGCACGGGAUUCGUUCCAGGCGUUCAAGAAACAAGCAAAGGAAAAACAAGAUAGGCAAAGAGCUCUAUUGGAGCAACAAGAGAUGCGAAGACAACAAAAGGAACAAGCGGAACGGGAACGUUUGCGGCAAGAAAGUGAAAGAAGAAGAGAACGAGAAGAAGAGGACGCAUUAGACAAAGUUAGGAAAACUGUUGGUGAUCAACAAGGAAACGUCAUGACUGCUACGUCGAGAGCGGAAGAAGUGAAAGCCAUUGUCGAUACCGACAGCAGUAGUCCAAGUCAAGACAAAGCCGCGGCAGAAAGAGAGCGUCAGAGGUUACGAGAACAGGAACGACGACGCCGCGAAGCGGCGGCUGGGCAAAUUGACAUCAACUUGCAAAGUGAUUUGAUGGCUGCGUUUGAGGAAUCGUUAUAAUGUUAUUUGCUGCUCAUUAUAAAUCUACUGAAACCGGGCAGGACUUGGACGAAUGUUUGGCGCUGGACGAAGAAACGUAUUGAUAUAUACGUCAGUCAAUAAGAAACAAUAAUAAAUAAUAACAAUAAUAUAACAAUAAGCCGAACGUGAAGACGGCGUUAUAGUAAAAAUAAAAAAGGAAAAAAAAGAAAAUGGUGGUGCGAGUUGGGACAUUCCAACGGAAAACCCAAAUUUCACGGCCCGGAUUGGCCGGGCUACAAAGAAACAGUUUAUCAAAUCACGUAAAACUAAUUGUGUGUAAUCGACGGACACCCAAGUGUGACCAUGUAAUUAGAUAAAUACUUACACGACACUUUGAAAAUGCUACACUGACUGUUGUGUUACAUUUUUCCGGUUUUCAUAAGUUUGUACUUUAUGUAAAUUUGGAAACAAAACAAAAAAUAUUACACAGAAGAUAAUGAAAGGAAGAUAUCGUAUGAGAGGGAGAGAGAGAACGAGAGAGAGAGCGUGUACAGUGUGCGGUUAAUUAACGAAUGAAUGAGUACAAAAGCGAGCGUGGAGAAGAGUAAAAGUCGUGUACAUUUAGUUAAGUUUUAUAUUUUUCCACAUUCAGUCAUUAAUCGUUGGUAGGAUUACAUAAACGAAUGUUUCUGCCAAUAAUACAUAUAUAAUUAUUAGCGAUUACUAAUAAUUUCAUUGCAGAUUUCUUUCUUGAUUAUGAAUAUAUACUAUUUAUAAUCACGAAAUAGGUAGGCUUGUUAAGUCAAUAAUAAUAGAGAAAUAUACCUAAUGCAAACAUAACACACUGGUGAAUUUAAUCGUGUCUAUCUUCGCGAUUACGCCCGUACGACUAUCAAUUGAGAACCACAUCGAUUUCGAUUGAUUUUCAGGAGUUAAAACAGGGCCAAUCGGUUGAAUUGAAAAAAAAAAUAUUUAUAAACUCACCUUAGAACAAAGUCGUCAAUUAUUACGAGUAACGGUAAGGUGAUUAUAGAAUGAUGUAGUUUCGAUCCUACCAACCAUUAGAUCAGAUCCGAUGUACAUACCUUAAAUACUUGGUAUGCUUCGAGGAUCGCAGUAAAAAAAAGCGUGACACGGUAUCGAUUCGUAAGUGGGACAUUAUUUAGAGAAUUAUAUUCGUUUGAUCGCAAGUGGAUUAUUAAAAAAGGAAAAUUUGCUAACAUAAUUCUAAUAUAAUUUUAUAUAGAUAUAAUUUCGAGACGUUAUUUUCGAUGUGCAUCGGGCGAUCAGCAUUUUACAAUACGUAAAUCGCUUUUGUGCAACGUGCACGAACACAUCUCGAGUGAAAAACAUUAAAUCGGCAAAAAAAAAA